CGCACGGGUGGGCAUGCACAGCGUGUGUGCCCGUGGGUUUGCACGUGAGCGUGAGCAUGCACGGGGGGGUUGCGCACGCUUGGGUGUGGGCGUGCAGAGGAACACGCGUGUGUCAGCAUGUGUGCACGCAUGGGUGUGCACGAGUGGGUGCAGCAUGCGUGCAUGGGUCUACACACGUGUGUAAGCAUGCACAGGUACGUGUGCCUGCGGGUGCUCAGGGUUGUGCGUGCUCACACACGCGUGUGCACGCAGGUACGUGUGCGUGCAACAUACAUCGGUACGCACAUGAACGCACACGGGUCUCCGCACGGUGCAUGAGUGUGUGAGCGUGCACAGGUGUGUGCUCGUCCACACGAGCGCAUAUGGUCGCUCACACGGGUGUGCACACGCGCGAGCACGCAGAGGUGCGUGUGCAUUAACUACGCCCGUGUCUGUGAGCACACCCGGCCGCGGGUGUGCAAGGUGUUUGCACGCGCGAGGGCCGACGUGUCGCGACCGUAGCAGGGAUCGCGCGUGCACGCGUGUGCAAGGCCCUGGGCGGAGGGGGCCGGGUGGGGGCCCCACGCGGGGCGGGGGGUGCCGCGGUACCCGGAUCUGGGGGGCGGGCGGAGGCCGGCUCUGCCCCCGCAGCCAUGAGCGGCCCCGGCCGUGGGUCCCCGCCGCGCGCCCCGGGCCCCCCCAUCGCCCCCCUGGGCCCCCAAGCCAUGCAGCAGGUCCUGGACAACCUGAUGGGGCUCCCCGGCACCCCGGGGGCCGCCGACCUGGACCUCAUCUUCCUGCGCGGCAUCAUGGAGAGCCCCAUAGUGAGGUCCUUGGCGAAGGCCCACGAGCGGCUGGAGGAGACGAAGCUGGAGGCGGUGCGGGACAACAACGUGGAGCUGGUGCAGGAGAUCCUGCGCGACAUCGGGCACCUGGUGCGGCAGGACAGCGCGGCCGCCGAGCUGGCACGCAUCCUGCGCGAGCCCCACUUCCAGUCCCUGCUGGAGACCCACGACUCGGUGGCCUCCAAGAGCUACGAGACGCCCCCGCCCAGCCCCGUCCUGGAUCCGGCCUUCAACAACCAGCCUGUGCCCCCCGAUGCCGUGCGCAUGGUGGGCAUCCGCAAGACGGCCGGCGAGAACCUGGGGGUGACGUUCCGGGUGGAGCGGGGGGAGCUGGUCAUCGCCCGCAUCCUGCACGGGGGCAUGGUGGCGCAGCAGGGGCUGCUGCACGUGGGGGACGUCAUCCGGGAGGUGAACGGGCGGGAGGUGGGCAGCGACCCGCGGGCACUGCAGGACAGCCUGCGCCACGCCAGCGGCAGCGUCGUCCUCAAGAUCCUGCCCAGCUACCAGGAACCCCACCCGCCCCGGCAGGUCUUUGUCAGGUGCCACUUCGACUACGACCCGGCCACCGACAGCCUCAUCCCCUGCAAGGAGGCCGGGCUCAAGUUCACGGCCGGUGACCUGCUGCAGAUCGUCAACCAGGACGACUCCAACUGGUGGCAGGCGUGCCACGUGGAGGGGGGCAGCGCGGGGCUGGUGCCCAGCCAGCUGCUGGAGGAGAAGCGCAAAGCCUUCGUCAAGCGGGACGUGGAGGUGGCCCCCACCUCCGCUCAGCCCACCCCCGUGCCCUCGGCAGGGGCCCUCUGUGGCAGCCUCAGCGGGAAGAGGAAGAAGAGGAUGAUGUACCUGACGACGAAGAACGCGGAGUUCGACCGCCACGAGCUGCUGAUCUACGAGGAGGUGGCCCGCAUGCCCCCCUUCCGCCGGAAAACCCUGGUGCUCAUCGGUGCGCAGGGCGUGGGGCGCCGCAGCCUCAAGAACAAGCUCAUCAUGUCGGACCAGGCGCGCUACGGCACCACCAUCCCCUACACAUCGCGGAAGCCGAAGGAGAGCGAGAAGGACGGGCACGGGUACCGCUUCGUGUCGCGGGGGGAGAUGGAGGCGGACAUCAAGGCGGGGCGGUACCUGGAGCACGGCGAGUACGAGGGCAACCUCUACGGCACCAAGAUCGACUCCAUCCGCGCCGUGGUAGAGGCCGGCAAGAUGUGCAUCCUGGACGUCAACCCCCAGGCAGUGAAGGUGCUGAGAACGGCUGAGUUCGUGCCAUAUGUGGUCUUCAUCGAAGCCCCCGGCCCCGAGACGCUGCGGGCCAUGAACCGGGCGGCGCUGGAGAGCGGGGUGGCCACCAAGCAGCUCACGGAGGCCGACGCCAGGCGCACGGUGGAGGAGAGCAGCCGGAUCCAGCGCGGUUACGGCCACUACUUCGACCUCAGCCUGACCAACGACGACCUGGAGCGCACCUUCGGGCGGCUGCGGGACGCCAUGGAGCGCCUGCGCGCCCAGCCCCAGUGGGUGCCCGUCAGCUGGGUGUACUAGUGCCCCCCCGGGGGUCCCCACCCCCCGAGGGCUGCAGGGGGAGGAGGGUGGUUGUGCCCCGCGCUGUCUCACCCACCAGUGUGAUGAGCUCGCCGUGCUCAGUGCCACGAGGGGGGGCUGGCUCUGUGUGGAGCCCCCCCCUCGCCCCAGCCCGGCCCCUCUCUCCCUCCCACCCAGCCCCAGAUUUACUGGGGGGGGGGGGAGGGGGGGCAGAAGUGGCCGGUGGGGUCCCAUGGGGGGGGUCAGCCCCCCCACCGUGCCCAGCACCCACACAGCUAAUUCACUGCCAAAACCUCACCCCCUCCCCGACGGAGCCCCCCCCCCCGCCCAGCUGGGGCUGCUGCAGGCUGGGGGGCACAGGGAGGAUGGGGGUCCCCUGGCGCUGUGCAGCCCCGUGCCUCAGUUUCCCCGUGGGGAAGCCCACCCUGUCCCACGGCAGUGUGUGGGUCGGGACCCCCAGGGCUGGGGGGGGGGGGGGAAUGUCCCACCCACGGCCCCACACGCUGCCGUGGGCCCAGGCAUCCUGGCUUACCCCCCCCAUCACACCCCCAGGGACCCCCUUUCAGCCUGAGCAGGGUGGGGGUCCCUGCGGCCCCUGUGCCCCCAUCACCCUUCCCAGGUAGCAAUAACCCCCCCAGCCCCCCUGCCCGCGUGGGUUGGCCCUGUAAUUAACCCUUAAUUAACCCUGUAAUUAACCCCCGGGGAAGGCGCUGCGGCUGGGGGCUCACUGGGGCGCUGCCGGGGGUGUCUCGGGGGGGGGGGGGGGCUGCCGUAGGGUGACCCCCGAGGGAUGGGGACACAGGGAGUGCAGCGCACACGCGUGUGCAUAGGCACCUGCACGUGUGUGCCCCUGUCCCAGCGGGGGAUACGUGUGUGUCCCCUGCACUGGGGCCCCCUCGCUGCAGCCCCCCCCCCCCCCCAUUGCUCCUUUUUGG